CCUUAGCAAAUUAACCCUAAGCCUUUCCAGGCACAGGGGGUGCUCACUACCCAGAAAGAGGAAGGGUUCCGUUUUUAUUCAAAAGGAUUCCUUUCCUUCUUUCUUGAUAAUCUAUUUAUAUAUAUUAUUCAUCUAAUUGGGUCAAAUUAAUAUUAAUUAACAUUCCUUCAAAAAAUUAACCAUGAGGAAGUUGUGUCCUAAUUUUGACAAUGAAGAUGGGUUGGAUACCGUCCUUGAGGUUCCAAUUCCCGAGGAGAUGUUGUCCGGCAUGGGCAGCAAUGGAUCCAGUCGUUGGCAGAACAUGCGAACUCUCAUGAAUGCUCGAUUCGUUGAUAAGUCUUCCGGUCUCUCAACACCAUCAAACAAUGAAUUCAUGGUGUUGCUUAAGCUUGUGGGUGCUCCCCUUAUUCCUCUUCAGGUUCCAUCAGACCAUAAUUUGACUCGCCCCCUCAAAGAUUGUUCCAUUAGAGAUUCGACUGCCAAGUACAUAGUUCAGCAGUACGUGGCAGCGACGGGAGGAGUAGCUGCAUUGAAUUCACUGGAAAGCAUGUAUGCUAUGGGACAAGUGAGAAUAUGUGGAUCGGAGGUGCGUCGUCAAGGUGAUGGAUACGAAGAAAGCGUUCAAUCAAGAGGCAAAACUGAAGUGGGAGGCUUUGUAUUAUGGCAGAAGAACCCUGAUUUAUGGUGUUUGGAAUUGGUCGUUUCCGGUUUCAAGGUCAGUGCUGGCAGUAAUGGUAAGCUAGCUUGGAACCAUUCUUCUUCUCAACCUUUCCAUGCUAACAAAGGUCCUCCCAGACCCCUCCGCCGCUUCUUUCAGGGACUGGACCCAAGGUGCACGGCUAACUUGUUCCUAGACGCAGAAUGUGUAGGAGAGAACAACAUUAACAACGAGGUUUGCUUCAUGCUCAGGUUACAAACGGAUCAACACAUUCUGCAAGCACAAAGCAUGUCCAAUACUGAAAUCGUAAUGCACACAAUGCUGGGUUACUUCAGCCAACGCACGGGGCUACUAGUGAAGUUUGAGGACACAAAGUUGGUGAAAAUGAAGGCCGUUAAAGGAAAAGAGACAGUGUUUUGGGAAACAAGCAUCGAGUCCAUGAUUGAUGAUUAUAGAUACAUAGAUGGCAUUAACAUAGCGCAUGGUGGGAGGACAAUUGCCACGCUUUAUAGGUACGGUGCGGCGCAUAAUCACAAACAUAUGAUUGAGGAAACAUGGACGAUUGAAGAGGUUGAUUUUAACAUUGUUGGGUUGUCUAUGGAUUGCUUUCUGCCUCCCUCUGAUGGUGAGAGAGAGCACGAAGGUGCAGAGCAAGCAGUGGGAAUGGGAUAGGAUUUUGCUUCGGUUCUGCUUCUUUGCCUCUCCUCAGCCAUUGGAAUGGAUAUCCUAUACUUGGAAGUAAUUCAAUUUUAUUUUAAUUGGAAACUUUGGGUGAGAGAUAAAGUGAGUUUCGUUGGCUGAGAUUUGGUUCUGAGACAGAGAUCUGAUUCAGAUUUUGAUAUCCAGCGGCAGAGUUUAGCGUCUGUUGUGGUGCGCAAACACUUUGAUGCCUAAGUCAGUAAGAGGAGAAUGAACAAGAAUGAGAGUAGAAAAGGAUUCAUACCCGAGGUGCCUAUUUACAUAGACAACUGAGAUCACGCAUGCUCCAAUGUCGGUGCACCAUAGUUCUCGAUUUACCAGUCUAGCUGAUCCCAAAUAAUAUGGGAGAUCCCUGUCUAUAUUUAAUCAAGAUACUGAUCCAAAACAGUUUGGAUUCACACUUUUCGUUUAGAAAUAACCAAAUAACCUAGCAAUUGGAAUUGAUUACUGAGUUGAGGAUUUCAAUUGAAUCGAAAAACGA